UCCUCAUAAAGGAGCUCCAUCCAGCUUCAGCUCAGUCUCAGAGGAAUCAUGGCUCCCAGGAGGAUGGAAACCAAACCUCUGAUCUUCUGCCUGAAGACGCUGCUGCUGCUGUACUCCUUCAUCUUCUGGGUGACAGGUGUGGUCCUGCUGUCUGUGGGACUGUGGUGGAAGUUCACGCUGGGUCCAUACACUCUGCUGAUCUCCAGCGGUCCGUCCAACGGUCCCCUGGUCCUCAGCGGUACCGGAGCCGCCAUCGUGCUCUUCGGGCUGUUCGGCUGCUUCGCCACCUGCAGGGGGCGCCCCUGGAUGCUGAGGCUGUAUGCCAUCUUUCUGGCGCUGGUGUUCAUGACAGAACUCAUCGCUGGAAUCUCUGGAUUCGUCUUUCGUCACGAGAUCAAAGGGACGUUCCUGAGCUCCUUCGGUGAGGCGGUGAUGAGAUACAAUGGACGAGACGACAGAAGUCUGGCUGUAGACGGCGUCCAGCGCAGACUGCACUGCUGUGGCGUUUAUAACUACACCAGCUGGUUCAGCAGCGUUUAUUUCCCCGUUGGAGGGCUUCCUGCCAGCUGCUGCGUGACGUUCUCCGACUGCAGUGGAACCGACCUGAAGAACACGACUGUGGCUGGACGCAAAGUCCACAAACAGGGUUGUUAUGAAGUGGUGACGUCCUUCAUAGAGAGCAACAUGGGAAUCAUUGCUGGAGUCACAUUUGGUAUUGCCUUCUCCCAGCUCGUUGGAAUGUCUUUGGCCUGUUGUUUGUCUCGCUUCAUCAACGCCAACCAGUACGAAAUGGUUUAACAGAGAGAUGAAGAAGUGCGUUGCUGUGGAAACCUGUUGUAUUUAUUUAGUGUUUUGCUGUGAAAAAGGGAAAGUUGUUUUUUAAAUUAAUAACAGUAAUAUUCUGGUCCCUGAAGAAACACUGUAGGAGUUUAACUUUGAUUGUAUUCUUUAUUGUGAGGAAAUAAACGGUGGAAUUACA